AUGAUCGAUCGCCUGGAGACAAAUAUCCAGCGCAUGGAGGCUCAUUUUCAGAACAUUGGGCUUGACCUGGGUGACGACGUGAACGGGUCAUUCUUUAUCGAGCAGCUUGAGCAGUCAGGUGAAUUCCUAUCGUCGAGUGCAGCUGAAAAUGACGAUCUAAUAGCAGACGCGGGUAUUUGGAAUUCGGAACCAAUACUCGUGGACGCUGAACAAGACCACUCUGCUGCUACGCAGAAGUUAUACCAUACGCUAGUCAACCCAGGCUUGGAUGAAAUCCGCACUGUAAUUCCGGAGCAUCUGCCCUGCUUCAAUGUUCCAAGGUGUUUCACGGAUACACCAAACCCUGGUGAGAACCAUAGCCGAUUUCAUGGCUGA